AUAGGUUAUAUUUAGAGCUUCAAGGGUUUGAGUGGGAAAGAAGAAUUACCUUUUUUGCAUCAUUCUUUGGUGUUACAGCAAACAGCUAUCCUGGAAUCAUCAAGUCUGCGAACAAGGUUUGAUUAAUCUCUUCAGGUUCUUUACAGCUUUGAGCCAGGAAGCUUUCGUAGACGCCCUGAAAAGUGUCCUUAAUUCUAGAGCUGGUCGUUCAUUUCCGUGUACGACCAAGCAGACCCCUUACUUACAACAUGUCAAAGUGAUUACGCAGAUAGUUUUUUUUAAACUCUUCCUAUCAGCUUCCAACAUGUUCCAGUAGUUUGAUGUCAUGGAUCAGGAAUAACCUUUGGUUUGCUGUUGCUACAAAAACGGGCUAGACAUUGAAUGCUGAUCACUCCAACCCAUGGAUUACUGACUGGUUAUACUGCUGUUGCAUUCCUGAUUUUAAUACUUUUGGUUACGUUCUCACUUGCUGUGCAGGUCCAUGUAGUUCUUGAUUUUGUUUAUGCUCUAUUUACACCAUUUUUUUGUGCCUCCCUCCUGUUUUACCAGCGUACAGCCUUUUAAAACCCAAUCACUUCUAAGCCCCACUAGUUGUAUAAGAUUGUGUGGAACUUUUGUAGCAGAGGGAGUGUUGGGGAAAAAAUUAUGAUAUUAGGGAGGCCCUGUUAGGGUAGAAUUCUGACAAGGCCUCGAGACAGCGACAUAAGACAAGAUAAAAUGGCGACAAAUGACAUAAAGAUUGGUUAUAUACCGACAGGGACAUGGCCUACUCCUCAACACAUGAAACGACCAUUAUUUAAAAUUAGGAUCAGAGAUGUACUUACUCCAUCUAAGAGGGCCUCAUGAAACUGACAGCGUAGUGUGAUGUGACAUUUAUUAGUAGUUGAUGGAUGCUCCAGAAAGAAGAAAGAGGUCAUUGACAAAAUCUGGAUUGGGUCUGAUUAGAUCAGCCCUCUUCGUCCUCCUCCUCCCUGGGGGGUGAGGGGUGGGGGUACGGAAGGAAUUUUGGGGGCGGAAUGUGCACUGGGACCCCAGAACACUUAGUCUAUACCAGACCCAGCCCAGCUGAAUUUGGCUCUCUUAUACUAGACACUAAACUUAACUCCCAAAACCGUUCCCUUUCCGAGAGUCGUUAUAAUUUUCCAGAAACCACUGAGAUCAACACUUUCUUUGCUAUUAAACUGAAGCGCAGGUAAAUUAAAUUUGCAAUUUCAUUGUUUUUUUUGUUAGUGUCAAUUCCUGGUUUCCCUAGAUAAAAACUUCAACCAGUUGAUCAGUUUCCUGGAAAAUGAUACCCUAUUCUAGACCAAAAGUAUCUGUUUUCUGUAUCCUUUCCCAGACUAAACUCAGGGUUGUCACUAAGAUUUCAAGUUGCAGGGUAAAUACAACAAGUAGGCGGUGAAUCAAACAGCUAGCGAUUUCUUUUGGUUCUAUUAUUCUUUUGUUUUCCUUGGAAAGUAGCUGGGGGCCAUGUUCAUAGUAGCCGGGGGAAAUCUCUGGCCCCCGGCUCUUAAUGACAGCCCUGCUAAACUGCUCGAAAAUCAUACCCUUCACAGCAGCACAUCAACCUAUAUAGUUAAUUCAUGGCAGUAACCAACCCCUCCCCCCCUGCCUCCUGUGAUCAACCGUGUAACCCUAUCCCUAACCUUUUGUCAUUUAGUAAGUUAGAGGUGUUGAUCCAAUCUGGUCUGAUCCAGUUGACAAUGCCUCCAGAAUGAUGGACUCCAGCUGCUAUGGGCUAUCACUAGGGCCCUCUUCGGGGGGGAGAGGUGGGGUACAUAUGUCCAUUGUCUAAACUGCAAAAACUGUCAUUUGGCGUAUUACGGUGGAGGCCAAUAAUGUCCCUGCCAUCACUAUUGCAGUUUCAUCCCAUCUUUAUGUCAUUUGUCACCAUUUCAGCUGUCUUGUGUUGCUGUUUCAAGGCUAUGUUGUUUGUCAAAAUUUUAACCUAACAGGGUCUCAUCCAUCCUCUGAGACCCAGGGGCAGUCAUUCGGGCUGGGAGGUGCGACGAAAGUUUUCAAGCACAGGCGGAAGAGCCCCUUGGUACCGAUUUUCACCGGACCAUUUCCAAACAGUCAAGCAAAUGCUGGCUCCUGGUUGGGCUCCUAAAAUGCUUUGUAUUAUAGUGCCCAGUUGGCGAACAGCAUCUCCUGAUUUUUUUUCAUGAGUUUGUACGCAAUGGCUAUUGUCUCACCAUACUUGUCCGGUUUGUUCACCAAGGUUAUGCGUGCAACUGACUGACUGCCCCUUUGUCUCCGAGGAUGGGUCUCAUCACUAAUUUUGCUUGACUAAUUAUAAGUCUUCAUUUCCAGAUCAUGGCCAAACACUGGACCCCUCUGGAAUGUUUAUCUGACAUGAUAAAUCAGGAAACUGCUAAUAAAGGUAUUCUCACAGGUGUUCCUGUUUAGUGUAUUUACUUUUCAGUAUCAGAAGCCUCUCCUUAAAUACAUGUAUCAACAUAUAAAAAUUCCGGUUUGACCAGGAAGACAAAGAGCCACUUAGUGGAUGUGCUAUUCCUAUCUCUUUCCUAUAGUUUUCUUGUGAAAUACAUAUUGUAUAAUCCCUGUAGCUGACAUGCAGAGAAUGUUCAAACAAGCUUCUUAGGAACAGCUAAUAGGAUGAAGAUCUGAAUAUUCACAAUGAAUUUUUUUGUACUUUUUUAUCACCUCAUUAGAUGAAAAACUAAAACUGGCCCUUGUGGUUGUAAACAUGCCUCUUGGUGGAAUGGCUGACAAGUUUUUUCACCUUUGGAAUACUGGUAAGACUAAGUGCUCUUCAACUUAUUAAUCUGUUUUUAACCUGAUCCCUGAUGGAUGUGCACAUCAUAGGUGUGGUCUAGGACUCUGGGGUUUCGCGUUAGAUUCACUACCACUACCUAUACUUUAACUUAACAAUUAAUGAAUGAGGCUGAGUAUCUUAUGAAGAAUUAUGCAGAUUGAGAAGAGGUUUUAUCAGAUAAGACCCUCUGAGAUCUCCAUAAUUCUUCAUAUGAUACGAAAGGCAAAUUCAGUAAUUGUUUUAUUAUUCAUUCAAAAUAAUUCUUAGUUUAAAAACAUAGCUAAAACAUGCUUGGUGUACAUUUAGAGUUGUUCAGCUCCUCAAAUAUUCUCCAAAUAGUAGAUAUCGCCCUUCGAGUUGUCUUCUUGCUGUUCUUGCCAUGUUUUUAGCUAUUAUUUUGCCUAGUUCUUACUCUUGAAAUGAGUGAAAUGUCUGCCAUUUUGUUUUCUCAAACAAAACAACUCAACCUGGUCCCCAGGCCUUCUCAGUUAACGGUGCAUUAGCCUGCAAGAAAGCAGCACUUUUGACGUCAUCGGUUCAUUGAACGCAAAAUUCUUCCAAAUUUGGUCAUCAGUAGCUGGUUAUGGUGAAUUAUGCAUUGCUUUUAGCCAAUCAGAAUCAGGGAAAUAUUUUGAAUGAAUAAUAAUAGAACCUAACUGCUGUGAUGAUAUUUCCACCACUGCUGCUACAUUGUAGACAAGACAAGACAAGACAAUGCUUUAUUUGUAUCACCACAAACACACUACCACCGCCUCUAUAUACUUAUACUGCUGUUGCAGUGCUACUACUACACUUCUUCUGCUCAAAAUGUUGAGCUCACUUGCACAUGCAUGAUGAGUUUUCUCCAUUUGUCCCUCUGUUCCGUAAUUAAGGGUGACCAGUGUCAAAUUCUAACUGUAUAGGUAAAUGUGUGCUGGGCAAUCCAUGGUUGUUUUCCAUCAGAGAUGGACAAGCAUCCCUCCUCUCCAAACCCCACAAAUUCUGCUCUUGCAUCACCACUGGUUCAAAAUUUAUCCUUUCAUGCAGCUAAGCACAGUUCAAAAUAAGGUUUUGAGCCUGUAAGAUGAAGUAAAGUUUUCCAGCUUACAACCUUGGACUCUUUUGCAGUUGAGCAAAAGGUUAUUUUCUCCUGUCAGCCAAUUUCAGAGAAAUGGGGGUUUCUUCACCCAUUUAUUUUAUUUUAUUAGCUUUGCCAUGACUAAAAUAAGUAAUACAAACAACUGUACAAAAUUCGAAUGGAAGUGAUUAACAUUCAGUGAUAAAAAGUAAGAAGAAUAUUAAUAGUAUUUUACGUUAAAAUUUAUAGUAUAUAAAUAUGCAUAGCUUCAUGUAGGGUGGGAGGGGGGGGACACAACAACAAGUGCCAGUUUCUGUGGACCCAUUCUCAUACCUUUAGGCAUCUGUUUUAGGCCAAGAAGCCUUCUAAAAGCCAUCAUUUUGAUAGCUCGAUGACACAUACUUACCUUAGCUAUCUGCACACCAUAAUGUCUCACACUUUUGCAGCUAGUGUAAGGGCCUGUACAGAUGGAGGUGCCAAUCAAGUGUUUAGUACAGUUGGUGAGCAAUGUGAAAGGUGCGAGGUUACUUUAAUGUGCUGCAGCACUUUAACUCUUUAAACCCAAGGAUGCAUGAUCAACAUCCGUUUUUCCCUUAACAUUAUCACUACAUAAUCAGGAGAAAAGGUUAUGAGAAUUUUUUAAAUGAUCACCAAAGAGGAAAUGUUUUUAAGAGGGUCAUGUAACAGCUACUCAGAAGAGAAGUCACCAAUGGUGCAUUUCCCUGACCCCAAACAAUACUAAAACAAUUGGAAGAAUGACAAUUGUCAUUUUUUCCUAAGACCAAUUAGGAGAGACCUUACGAGCAGCUCCUAUACUACUCUUUUAAGAUUGGGCCUAAAAGGGUUCAUUAAUUAUCCAACUCUUUUCAAGGGAUGAGCAUUUUAGAAAGUCAUAAAAAAUAUUAAUUUUAUACUCUUUAAUUGACUCUACUCUCCCCUUAGUUUAGUAACUCAAAGAAGCAAAAUAGCUGGAAGUUAUGUCAAAAUCACCUUUGAGUGUUAAUCUGGUGACCUUGUAAGUGGUACAGAGAUCGUAGUCCCGGGGGAGUGGGGACUCCGCAUGUGAAAGGGGUGGGGAUGCUCUUCGUCUUGCUUAGGGGUGUAAAUUUCGGAUUUUGGUCUCACUUAGGGUGUUCAUACGCCAUCAUAUUUAGCUGUGAAGGUCUAGUUUAGGAUUGAACGCGAACAAAUAUAAAAAUAUAUCAAAAGGUUGAGUUUGAUCGUCCGGGUGAGCGUAGUCCUGAAUAGGACUGUUGUUGUUGACAGUGACUGAUGUUUCGACAACCUGUGCGGUAGUCAUCUUCAGAGUCAAAGUGAGUUGUAUCACGUCAGUUGAUGGUAUUAUACUCUGGUUAUUGAUCUGUUUGGUCAAUUAUGUCGCGAUGUUAUUGGUCGUCUGUCAGUUAAGCCGUGAUGUUAUUGGCUAUGAAGACUCGUAAUCAGUGAUAGGUGGGUUUCGAUCCGUCUAUUGUCACAGUUAAACCCCGGAGUUAAACAGUCGUCUAUUGUUAGUCAAAUUGUCAGUUCUCCAGUUGUUCUCUCGUAGUAAGUUUUACUUGAUCUCGUCAAUAAGUCGUUUGUACGGCGCUGGUAACUGUUGGCUACGAUUCAGUGACGUUUGUUCUAAGUUAGUAAAGCAGCUUUCUAAAGUAAGACGUCGAUAGUAGUCUGUAGAGUACGUUAUACAUGUCGCAGAGUCCCAGUCAAUUUGAUGUUUCGUCUUUAAAUGGUGCUCAGCAAUGUGAUUGUUGACGUCACCAUUCCUCGUCGCGCGCUUAGGUUUCUGCCGGUUUCACCAAUGUAAGAAGCCUGGCAGUCGCAGCAUUUGAUCUUGUAUACUGCUUCCUGUCUGUCCUCCGGUUUGUCUUUGUCCUUGACAUUAGUAAGCAUCACGGCUUAACUGACAGACGACCAAUAACAUCGCGACAUAAUUGACCAAUCAGAUCAAUAACCAGAGUAUAAUACCAUCAACUGACGUGAUACAACUCACUUUGACUCUGAAGAUGACUACCGCACAGGUUGUCGAAACGUCAGUCACUGUCAACAACAACAGUCCUAUUCAGGACUACGCUCACCCGGACGAUCAAACUCAACCUUUUGAAAUGACUCCUGGGUUCAAACCUUUCACAAUAAAAAUAUAUAUUUAUAAAUAUUUGAUAUUUAUAUUUUUAAUACGUUUUAUUUACUCCAUUCAUAUAAUCCAAGUUUUCUCAUUUGUCUGUGUUUUAACAUGGUCUCUUUUAGGGGUCACAAAAAGCUUGGGCCACGCCCAGAUCGGUCUCCUUUAGGGGUUUAUUUCAAAAUUUCCGACGAGCAUCCCCACCCCUUUCAUAUGCCAAGUCUCCCCCCCCGGCGAUCGUAGUUCCAUACAGGUUGCUUGGUCAUUUUUAGCUGUCUUUACAAUAAAUCAUUUAUGCUUAAAGGCCUAAAGAGCGCUUGUAAAACCACAAACCUUAAUUAAUUCCCCCUUAACGCUAGAAACAGUGUACUAUUGAAUGGUUGUCUUUCAUGUCAUAUAGGUACCUUCCAGACUAUAUCAAUGGAGACUUUGACUCAAUAACAGCGGAUGUAUCAAACUUCUACAAGGAAAAGGUAGGGUAUAUCGUAAGAGAGGGGGUUCUAACCGUUACUCGACUAAAGCUGCUGGUAGUGAAUUGGGCUACAGCCACAUCAAAGACACGAAAUAAAUCUUACUGCCAACAUUAAAAAAGCCGGAAAAAAAAAGACAGUCGACUUUUCGCGAUGCAACCCACUGGUCUCCGGGGAAACAGUGAUGGUUUCGCGUGAUGUCGGCUGUUUUUCCCAGGCUGGCAUCAAAGAAAAGUUUAAUCUGUCAACAAGGAGCCUUCGUUUCUUUAUCUUCUGAAAACGUUGUGUGCAUCAUAAAAGAGAAAUUUCUCUUACUUGUAUUACUGCAUAGAGGAGGGUGUUGGAUAACACCCUCCCAGAUCUCCAUGAUUCUUCAUAUGAUACGAAAGUCGAAUUCAAUAAUUGUUUUAUUAUUCAUUCAAAAUAAUUCCUAGUUUAAAAACAUAGCUAAAACAUGCUUACCUCCAUCGAUGUUAAGUUCAUCUUCGAUAGUGCACGUUUAGGGUUGUUCAGCUCCGCAAAUAUUCUUCAAGUAGCAGAUGUCGCCCUUCUAGUUCUCUUUUUGCUGUUCUGGCCACGUUUCUAGCUAUUACUUCGCCUAGUUCUUAUUCUUGAAACGAGUGAAAUGUCCGCCAUUUUUGUUUUCACAACCAAAACAACUCAACCUCGUCCCGAGGUCUUCUCGGUUAACGGUGCAUUAACCUGCAAGGAAGCUUCACUUUGACGUCAUCGGUUGAUUAAUUGCAAAAUUCUUCCAAAUUUGGACAUCAGUAGCUGGUUACGGUGUAUUAUGCGUGUGCUUUUAGCCAAUCACAAUCGGGGAAAUAUUUUGAAUGAAUAAUAAUGCUCCCUAUUGGCUGAAGCAAAUUUCCCUCGUGGCACGACCAAUCAGAAGCACUACCCAGAUCUAGGUUAGUGACACGUCAUCAGUAUGGAUUUCUGUGCUCGUUUCCUCAGAAGUCAUUUCGCGGGAAAACCAGUGGUGACGUAGCAAAAUGUCGGCUGUUGUCUCCAUAAAUCUUUCUUGUCAUUUUUCCAGGGUGUAGAAAUGAUUCCUACCCCGGAUCAGGAUGAAACCGAUCUCACCAAAUGCCUGAGACUUUUGAUGAAUAAAGGAAACUUUAACCAGGUUUGUAAAUAGAAAAAAAGUAAAACAACUACAGCUGAGCCUCUAUUUGCAGCCACUUACCUUUCUCCAGAAGGUGGCUGUUAGAAGUUCCACAGAACUUGGUACUGAAGACCGACUUCCGGGUGACUCAUAAUUUAGCUUCCACUCUGUCCACGUACGUCUAUGAUUUGGUGUCAUACAAAAAGGGCAGGAAGUUCCCUUCUGGGUUAUACAUACCGACCAACCACAUACAGAGCAACCGGGAAAGGCAGGCUUCCUCGACAGAGUCUAACACCCCUGCAGUGUAUCCUCUUUUAAUUCGACAAGGAAAGACGAACGAGGCAAGUCCAAAGCCACGGUCGUCGGUCUUAAUCAGAACGACGGUAACCAUUAAGGCCUUAUUCGUUGGAUCUGCCGGAGGUUAAAACCUGUCACCUCUCUCUCAGUAGAUCGACGUUAAACUAUUGUUUUAUAAAUAGCCAAUUGUUUCGCCUCUUACCAGUUGGGAUUCUUAACCACGUUAACGGCUGUAUACAUUUUUACAUCUUACAUUUUGAAUUUUUACAUUUUCACGUUUUACAUUUUGAAUUUUUUCAGUGUUAAGUCAUCCCUGAAACACCCCUCGAAGAAAGAGGAUAACUAAGCAUAUUUUUAUAUUCAUUGUAAACGCAGUGUUAAUAUGACUUUGUUUUAUGUUUUCAGUUUGACCAGGUUGUUGUUAUAAACGCCUUUGGAAAGCGGCUUGACCAGACCAUUGCGAACAUCGAGACUCUGUUCCACAUGACAAAGAUCACAGAUAAGCCCAUUUAUUUGAUGUCUGAGGAAUCAAUAGCUUGUCUUCUGUUACCGGUAUGGGUGCUUAUUUGUUAUUGUUGUGCUGAAGGGUUAGAAACUUAUAGUGUGACUGUUUUGCUGACCGAUGAAAGCAUGUUGUCGCUGUAGAGUGAACAAGACAUUAUGAAAUACAGUGGGACCUCUUCGUGUGUGACAAACCAAUGACGCCAUGGUCGGGUGGUCGCUGACAAAAAGUGGUAGCACCAAGAAAAGUACUGCUUAAAACGAGCCUUUCUUGUGGGUCAUUUUGUUCUCAAAUUCCCGGCAAGCAAACCUUUACGACAUGGUCGACCAACCAUCAUAAAGAAAUCGUACCCGAGUACUCCCUCUGCAGAAUACAGUGCUCACAAGAGAGAUACAGAUUGGGGUUUAAAUCAGUCUGGGACUGGGCUUAAUUUUAUGUGUACAGUUUAUCAAACUGUCGGUUGAGAAACGACGUAUUUCAAAACUGAUAGCCGUUAGUUAAGCACCGUGCAAACGGACGCAGCAUUGGUAGCCAACAACUCCCAACAUUGUUGGAUGUUACAUGUUGCGUCCGUUUACACACCCUGUCGCAUGUUGUUGCGCAAAGUUUGAAACCGGUCAAACGUUUAGCUACGUGCAAACAGAUGCAGCAGCUCCCAACAUUGUUGGCACAACAAUGUUGGGAGUUAAUGCAUCCGUUUGCACCUUGCUGUUAGACCUGUAAUAUUUGACAAGUACGCGCACUACUUCCUCGCUGCAUUCUCCUUAGAUGUACCUUUGUGGCCUAAAAUAGCAUGUUUUAGUCCUCUUUAGCGUAAGAACGUAUUAAAAUGGAGCGAGAUUCCCUUAUUGACAAGUCUUAAGCUUUUCUUUAACAAAACGCGCGAAUUUGCUCAAGUAACUGAGGUCUUAAUAACAGGUUCGGUCUGUUGCGCGCGCAUAACUUAUGAUGAUUCGAUUUCUUUUAGGGAAAACACGUGAUUCAUGUGAAUACUGGUUUAGAAGGAGACUGGUGUGGACUGUUACCCAUAGGUGCCAAAUGCACGCACAUCACUACGACUGGCCUCAAGUGGAAUCUAAGUAGGUUAUGAUUCUCAGGCUAUGUACACAUUAGAGACCUUAAGAUCGAGGAUUGGUCAUUUUACUGCAAACGACAAACUGCGGUUUGCGGUUAACGGUUUCACGUUACCCGUCUGGCCAUAUUUGGGACUUGAGAUGCUCGGGUGGUAGCUCGCGGCUGCUACCAUGUUUGUAUUCAGUCAUUCACUUACUUCUAUUUUAGCCAAGAAAUUGUGUUCAGAAUUAUGUUGUUUGGAAAUAUAAUUUGAUAAUCAAUUAACAAAAGAGUUGUAAAAAGUAGUAUUUUUUCUCAAACGUGGGAUUGUGAUCUUUUGGGGUGCAAAAAACUUUUCCGUCAAUCACUUGCCUCUGGAGCGCGGUUCAGCCGUACAAGCGUGAACCUCAAACUGCAAACCUGACGGCAAGGCCCUAGUCACAUGACUUCUUGACGUUCCGCGCGGUUCGCGGGUAAUUCUGGAAAACCACAAUCUAUAGCUCUUGCGCCAAUAUGAAAGCCAUACCGGAUAGGGCUUCUGUUCACAUAUACGAACGGUGAUUUCGGCGCAAUUUCUGUAACGGAGCGAAGCUGUGCCGCACCGAUCUCGAAAGUGGAGUGUCACAACUUGGACAAGUUCUGUGCCACACUUUGGUGAAGUGUCAACACGUAUUCGGACUGUACCGGAAGUGAAUAAGUAGGAGCGAGGACUGGAAUCCACUGAGACGGAAGUAAAUAUUCAGGAGUGAGGACUGGGAUUUAGUGCACCAAACCCUCUCGGCCAGCCGCCCAAGUUCUGUUCCAGUUAUCUGCCGUUACUGUUCACACUAUGCUGGAUAGGUUUUCGUGUCGGCAAGAAAUGCUAUCCGGUACGAUGUGAACGCAGCCUCAAACAGGAUUGUACGUAAAUGCUAUUGGGAUUAAAAUACCAUCAUUUAAAAAUAUAUUUCGCGGUAAAUCGUUCUACAGAAAAAUGAAUAAAGAGAAAUUCCAUCGUAACCUUAUCUUCGUCAUCGUUUUCCAACUCGUUGUGGCGUCUUCAUGGAGAACUGAGUCCGAUUUUCUUUUUGCUGGCUGAGCUUCACCUGCAAGAAAGAAGGGGUAUGAUGUCAUGGGAUCAUUAUACGUUUCUAGAAAAUUGCCCACCUACCCCUCCCCUAAGACAACAUUUUGCUCUAAGUGAGAAGUAAGUGUUAAUGUUGGCUUAGGGGAGGGGUAGGUGAGCAGUUUCCCAGAAACGAAAAAUGAUCCAAGAAGAUGAUGACGUAAAAAUGAUGGAAAUUGUGAUGAUGAUGAAGAUGAUGAUGAUGAUGAUGAUGAUGAUGAUGAUGAUGAUAGUGGUGAUAAUUACAAUCAACAUCAUCCUCUUGGCUUUCUCAUCUGGGUCCAGUUAUCCUGGUUAUCAUCAUCAUCAUUCCGACUAUAAUGAAGAGAUUACAGAGACGAAGAUUCAAAUUGCCACCUUUAAUUGUGAACUUGCUUAAUAGCCUGUCAUUAGUGACGCAAGAAUUAGAAACUUGCGUCAAGUGAAGGUGCAAGCGCGAUAAAGGACGAAUUUGAAUCCUUGUGCGCAGGCCCUUAAACUUAUGCUGUCAUCGCUGUUGAAAACCAAACUUACUUAGGUGCCAGCCUUUUUGCCCGUUGUUUUCUUUGUGUUGAAGGGUGAUGGAUUUGUAAUUCUCAAACCAUAUAAGUGUUAGGGGAGCUAGGGUGGGGUAGGGGUGAUAGCACUGGCGUUCUAUCAUUAAGGCGUGGAGUCGAAUUCCGAAAGCGUCGCCGUACGUGGGUUGAGUUUGUUAUUGGUUCUCGCGCCUGUUCCAAGAGAUUUUUCUGCGGGUAAGCUGGGGUGCUUAACAUUUACAUGGAGAGAGAAACCGGGAAUUUGGGUUGGAAAACCAAGUGGUUGGCGCCAUUGCAUUCGGAACCCUUCUGCAAAUGUUUGCUGUCGUUUGAGGCGAUGGAAUUUCUAUUAUUCUCUUUUUAGUCUCUCCAGCUGAUUUGGAUAUACUUUUUAACGGGUCCUUCUCCCACAAGGUCAAAUUUCAUUGUUUUAAAAACAAUUUAAAUGUUAAUGCGGGAGAUUUUCAACCGGGUGGUUUGUACAAAAGGCAAGCACUCCUGUUUUUCUCCUCUCCCCAAAAACCAACUUCUAGGAAAUAAUAGGCAAAAACUCAUAAGAAGCCUUACUAAGUCAAGGACGACUCAUUCUCGUCCAGAGCCCGUCGUUUCUUGGUCACGUGGUAGGAAAACGAGGGUCGGUUACAAAUUAAGCCUAGUGACUCUGGGGACGAGAAUGAGGACGACUACGAGAACGAGAUUUUCUCAAUACUAAGUAGUGCGCGCGCGUGAACCUGCGUAAUUUUGGUGGGAAAACGUGAUAGUCGUUGUCAGUCUACUUUUAGAAGUUUUAUCAUUUUGCAAUGUCCUACAUCUUAAUCGUAUUUAUGUUAUGUAAUAGUUUGUUUAUUUGUUUUUCUAGCCGAUGGACAGUUGGAGUUUGGAAGCUUAGUCAGCACUUCUAACACGUACGAAGGAAGUGACCCCGUAACAAUAGAAAUUGAUACUGCAGUUGUGUGGACAAUGGGAGUGAAAUAAGAUACAAGUUCUACUGCUUUUUCUUAUGUCGAAAUUUUGUAACAUAAUACAAUGCAUUGUGAGGUAAUUUUUGUACACAUAGAAUAUUAUCGCAUCUGCCAAAAUCAGAACGCGGUAUAAAAAUGGUACUUUGAUAUUUGAAGCAAAUACAACAUAAUUUCCAAAAUCAGGAUACAGCAUAAAAAUGGUAUUUUGAUAUUUGAAGCAAUUACAAUACAAUUUCCAAAAUCAGGAUACAGCAUGAAAAUGGUGUUUUGAUAUUUGAAGCAAUAACAAUA